CAUUGAACUGUUCGAAAACAGCCGCGCGAAAUCGGCAACACGUCCAGAAAGAGUCUCAACAGCCUAGCUAUCAAAAACUUGUUUUGGAAGUGUUCUUUGUGGGAGUAACUUUAUUACUUUACUACUGGCGUCGGUUUAUUUAGCCUAGCCAAACGUUAUUACAUUAACGUUAACUGUUACAUUAGCUACAUUUACGUUAACGUUAAUUACCUCAGACAUGAAGCCUGUGCGAGGUUCUCACCGGGCCAAGCCAAAAGCACCAAACCUGAAAAACAAGACAAAAUCAGACAAGAAGAUGCGUAAACAAGUAACAGAACAUCAGGAUCCGGAGCCCAGUGACGAUCAACAUGUCAACAACACCCACCCAAAAACAGCACGGAAAAGGAAAGCUGGAGGAUCAUCUUCAGUCCCCCAAAAAGUCAAAGGUCAGGAAAACUUACCAAAGUCAACCAUCAUUGCUCUGGAGAACAUAAUGGACUUGUCAAUACUAGCAACUCUUGCCUUGAGACGGACAGAGAAGACAGAGAGCCAAGAACAUCUAAACAUAGUGAAAAACAGGUUCCUUACUCACUGUGCACAGCUCAAAGUUCAAGUGCAGAAACAAAAAGAAUUGGAGCAUUCGUCUCACCGCCACAACGAGGAGGCCAAGAAGUCGGUGGCUGGAAAGAAAACUCUGAGCUCUCUGGAGGAAGACUUGAAGGCCGUGGUCAGUGCUCUGGAGAGGACAGAGGAGCAGACUGUUUCUUUACAGCACACAUGCAGCACACUGAGAGAAAGUGUGGAGGAUGAGGAGGAGAAAGCUAAAGAGAUAUUACAGAUAACUCAACAAGCAGUCCUUAAUCUUCCCCCUCUUCCUCCACAAAAAGGUCAAACAACAUUAGAGGCUCGGAUGAGAAAAAUGAUUCCAGACACCGAAUCUGAGACCACUGCCCGGAAACUGGGAGAAGUCUUGCAGAAAUCAGAUGCCAUUCAUGAUGUCCAGGCACUAUUUAUGCAAGCACACAAACAUGCUGAUCAAUUGCUCAACCUUGGUUUCAUCCCCAUCUGUGGUGCUCUUUGCUCAGAGGAAACCUAGCCAAAACUCUCCUUAUGCUGUCUGAAAAAGUAUUGUAAAAAGGAAUUACAGAUCUAACAAAUUUGCAAAUGUGUGCACAUUUUGAACAUUGUUUUGAACUUUUGCGGUCUUAAUACUACUCGUUCUAGUUCUUCUUUGUGUGGUUGCGAAACACCAAACCAAAAAAAAGUGCUAGUACAGUGCUUGUAACAAAAAAAAUUACUGAGGCAGACAGCAUUUCAAACUGUGAAUUCUUGCAAAAGUGUAAGUUUUUAAAUUUGGGGAAUGCAACUGAUUUUUUUCCCUUACAAGAUGCAGGCUGGAAACCUCAUAUUUUUAGGGCAUCAUGCACAAACCAGUCAAGACUGUCUAAGUAGAGCUCAAGGAUCAAGUUCAGUCAUCAGUUUUGCAUACUGACUGUGAUAUUUCACACGGCCCUGCUGCUUGUGUUUCCUGCCAAAACAUCAGCUUGAUAUCUACAGAUUAGCAUUAGCAUUAGCUGCAGUGCCUGGCCAGCAGGGACAGACUGAACAAACUAGAAUCUGUAAACUGUUCAGUCGACUCCCAGCACUGCAACUAUUGUACCAGAGCCGAUGCCUCGUCAGCAAACACAAACCAGUAUAUUCACUACGAGAUAUCAAAGCCACCUGGAGUCAUGACAGUCCCAUAAACUGCAGCAGGUGCACUUAUAGUUUACUCAUAGUUUAGACUGUCGUGACUCAAGACAACUUAUGUGUCAUCAGUGUAUAAUUGAGCUAUCAUUUAAAUUUCUCUUUGACUAAAAAUAACCUUUUUGUGCAUGUUAUAGCUACAUUUUUAUUAAAACUGAAUUGAAUUAAUGCAAUAUAUCACUCAGUCUUACUGUGGCCCUUCUCCACCUGUCUGCCUUCAGUAUUUGACAGUAUUAAAUUCUUAAUGUAAAUUAUAAUUUUAUUGGCUGUUAAACUGAGGAUGUAUUUGUUUUGGGGGGGAAAAGUCUGAUAUUCAACUUUUUCAUAAUUUAAAUUCUUGCAUAUUGGACCUUUUUGAGAUGAGCGCACCCUGUAGACAGAUAUAAAUUGGGUUAAGUCUGAUCUUUUGUGAUUGAAUAAUUGCCAUUUAAAGAAAUUUACUUUUGUUAAUUCAUAUUUUAAUAUAGAAAGAAAAUAAAUGUAAAGUGCUACAAAUUAA